AUGGACGCCGUGCUACAAAAGCUCGAGGUCCGCGACCAAGAGGUUGUGCAGAAGGCGCUGUGGCGAGCUGGACAGUACGGCGAGAGGAUCAAGGCGGCUUGCAGGAACGCGGUCGAGGGCGCAGUGAAGAGCAUGGCAUCGUUUGUGGAGACAUACGAUGAGGACAUUAAGCGGUUGACAGCGAGAAACUACGCGUCGCUGAACAAGACACUCGCAGGCAUCCCGCAUCCGGACGAGGCGACACGAACAAAGCUCGCCUUUGCCCAGCUCCGCAUCGACGACGAGUCCAACAUCCGUACCGACAUGACCGCAAACAUCGCCGCGCUUGGCGCUGCCCUCCGCUCUGCAGCAUCCCAGCUCGAUAAUCUUCCGCUGCCGCCGCCGCUGCCGUCUCGGGCCCGCGAGCCGGACGACCGUGUCCGUCACAUGCAGGCACGGGUCGAGGCGCUAGUCUCAGAGCGCGACGUCGCGCUCGCUGCACACCGCUCAACGGUGGCAGAACUGGAGCUUGAGCGCUCCCGCUACGAUGUACUCGACAAUUUGUAUCACUCGAGUCUGCGCGAGGCUCAAGCAGCGGUCGCCGAUCUAGCGGCCGUGGUCAAGCCGGCGGCGACACCCGCCGCCCCACCCCCAGUCCCGGCCGAACAGCCGGAGCUGGAGGCGCAGCUGGACGAAUUCCAAGCCGCCAAUGCCGCGGCGCAGCUCGAGUGCCUUCGACUGGCCCAGGAACUUGAUGAAGCCCGUGUCCGCGCUCAGGCUGCCGAGGCCGAGCUCGCCGAGCUCUCGCACUUUGCCCACGAUGCAUCUAUGCUCCGUGACGAGGCCGCCGCGCUCAACGACUCGCUGGUCAUCGAGCGCGAAGAGACCAACGCGCUUGCGUCGUCGCUCAAAAUUGCUUUUGACGUCGAGUCCGAGUCGAACCAGGCUCUCCGCGAGAACCUCAAGACCCAGGUCGGCAUCACCAGGACCAUCAAGCGCAAGCUUGCCGCGGCGCAGACUGAGCUCGCCGCGGUUUCGCAAGCCAAGGCCGACGCGCUCGAUCGUGUCCAUUCGCUCGAGGCCGAGCUUGCUGCCAUGCGCGAUGCCGCGGAGCAUGCCGAUUCAGCCAAGGACGCUGCCGUUGACGCCGUUCGCUCCGACAUGGCGACGCAGCUCGCCGAGCUUCUUGAGCAGCUCGACGAGGUCCAGGCCGAGAACGAUGCCUUGCGCACCAGCAUCGACGCCCUCCGCCCAUCAGCGCUUGCGGCAGAUGAGCUGCCGCUACUCAACGAUGAGAUUACCACGCUCCGGGCUGCGCUAGAUGCCGCAACACGCGACCGAGACGCUGUCCGUGCAGACAUGAACCGGAUGCUCGCCGAGCGCGAUGCCGCCCGCGCGGAGCUGGCAUCUGUCCGAGCCUCAUCCCAUGCCCAAGCGCUGGUCGGCUCGGGCCACACUGCCCAAGCCCUCGCCGAGCGCAUAGUGCUCUACGACGAGCUCAAAGCCCAAUACGAUGCGUCGCGGAAGCAGUGGGCUGACCACGUCCGCAUGCUCGAAGAAGCGCUCGAGUCGCAAAAGACCUCGGGUGCAGUUGCCGGCCUCCGCCGCUCGCUCGCCCGCGACUCGGAGCUCAUUCAAGCUGCUCUCGACCGCGACACUUCGCAGGCCUCGAUCUUGGUUGCGCCCUCGGCCGAUCCAGCGCUCAAGCACCAGCUGACAGCCAUGGAGGCCGAGAACCAAGACUUGCGGUCACAGCUCGACCAAGCUAUCCUGCUCAACGAGCGACUGACCUCACUUUCUAUGCUGAGCUCGCCGCGGACGCCCCAGGGCGCCAACCCGAUGGCUCUCCGAGAGCUCGAAGACAGGCUCGAUGAGGCGACACAGCUCAACGCACUGCUCCAAGCCCGGCUCGACCGCGGCUCGCCGGCCUCACAGCGCUCUCCGCUCGCGCCGAUCGAAAACGCGCCGCCUGCUGAUCGCUCCACCAACCGCCUUCACACCGUCAUCGAGGAGCUUAAGAACCAAGCCAAUGAGGCCGAGGCUCUCAAUGCCGCGCUCUCUGCUGACGCGGUCGCCGCCCACACCGCGCACCAAGAGGUCAAGGCUGAGCUUGAGACCGCGCUGGCUGACCUCGCGUCCAUGCGCCUCCGUGCCCGUGAAAACGAGGCAUCCGUUCUCGCGCUUCAAGCCCGGGUGACCGAGCUCGACACCUCGCUUGCCGACAUCACGUUCAACGCCUCGCGCGAGCAAGCAGCCGGCAACGCCGAGGUGCUCGCCGCACUAGCAACCGAACGCGACGAGCUCGCUGCCGAGCGCGAUGCGGUCCGCCGCGAGCUACAGGCCGCCGAAUCCGCUGCAGCGCUGGCGGAUGCGCACGCCCAGCAGCUCGAGGCCCGAGCGAAGCUUCGGGACGACCACAUGCGUAGCCUUCAGGCACGCCUUGCCGACGACGCCAAUAUGACCGAAGACCUCCGAUCCCUCGCUGACGAGGCGGAGGCGCUCAACGCUGCUCUUACCACCGAAGCCGAGCUUGCUCGUCGCGAGGUUGACGAGGCCCGCGCUGAGCGCGACGAAGCGCGGGCCGAGGCCGAGAAGCUCCGCCGCACGGUCACUGCUCACGAGGCUCGAGCCAAGAAGCUCAGCUCGCGAGUUGCCGAUCUCGACGAGUCGCUCUCGUCGCACCGCGAGGCGCUGAUCUCGGAGCGUGACACAGCACUAGCCGCGCUGGCCGAAGCCCAACUUCGGGUGACGGCAGCCGAGGCCGAAGCUGAGGCGCUCCUUGCCCAACUUCGUGGACAGGCCGAUGAGGCCGAAGCGCUCAAUGCUGCACUUGCAGCAGAGUGCACAGCUGCACGAUCAUCGCUCGCUGCUGCCGAAGCCGAUCGCGACGCCGCGCUGGUCGAACUCGACGUCGUCCGCCGCGCCGCCGCUGAUCGCGCGCAUCGCGCCGCCGAACUCGAUACCCGCAUCGACGAGCUUGACUCCUCACUGAGUGCCGUUGCUCGCGCCGCGCGCGAAGGCUCGGCACUGCCGCAUACCUCGGGCCAUCACAACGGAAACGCUCUUGCUGAGGAGCGCGCAACACUGGUUGCCGAGCGCGACGCGGCGCGGGCCGAGGCAGACGCUGCGAGAGUCGAGGUUGAGUCCGCUACCGCACGGGUUGCCGAGCUCGAGGCGCAGGCCUCGCUUCGCGAUGCACGGACCCAGGAGCUCGAGGCGCAAGCCUUGGUCGCCCUUGAGACGUCUCGUGCCCGUAUUUCCGAACUCGAGGCGCUGACCCUCGAGACAAACGAGUUUAACGCAGCGCUUUCUGCAGAAGUUUCGGAGGCGCGCCAUGCCGAGGCCGAGGCUAUCUACGAGCGCGACCAAGCGCUGGCGCAGCUUGAAGCCCUUCAUGUGACCGCGCGGGCGAGGGCGGAACAGGCGGCGAAGCUCGAUGAGCGGCUAGAGCUGCUUGACACGUCGAUCAACACCCAGCUCAUGACCGGCGCUGAGCUCGAGGCGGUCAUCGCCGAGCGUGACGGGGUGGCUACCGAGCGCGAUGCCGCGCAUGUCGCGCUCCGCUCUGCCCGUGCAGAGGUGAACGCCGCUCAGGCCCGCGCCGCCGAGCUUGAUGCGCGCGCGCAAGCAAUGGAGAGCGCUCACAUGGCCAGCUCGGCUCGCGCUGAUGAAAUGCAGGCGCUUGCGGAUGAAGCUGCUGCACUUAAUGCCGCGCUUGCUGCUGAGCACAACGCCGCGGUCACAGCCCGUGCCGAGCUGGAGCACGAGCAGGCUGAGCUUACCGCUCGCGUCGCGGCUCUCUCGUCGGAGCGAAGCGACCUCCAUGCGCGGCUAGAGAAGGCUGCCUCCGAGCGCGAGGCUCUUGUCGCGCAGCUCUCGGGCUCGCAGAGCCCUGUUCAGGCACUGAAGGCUGCAGAGGCUCAGAUUGAGAAGCUCGAGAAGCAGCUCAUUGCACCCGAGCAAGCGCUCGCCGAUGCCCAUGUGCUCUUGGCCGAGCAAGCGCAACGGCUGUGCACGCGUGAUGAAGAGCUUGCUACCGCGCACAUGCGCGUCGGGGAGCUCGAGAGCCUACUUGCCGGUGCCAACACGCGUGUGACAGAGCUCCAGAGCGCACUAGAGUCAUCCACGCGACCCGAAAGACAUAACCUCGACGACAAUUCACUUGUUGUCGAGAUGGAGAACACGCUGACAGGUGCACAUGCCCGCAUUGCUGAACUUCUGGCUGAGCGCGACGGCCUGACAGCUGCGUUGGCGAGACACGAGGCUCGGGCGCGCGAGCUUGAGUCGAAGGUUGCCAACCUCGACUCGUCGCUACACGAGGUCGCUGAGAAUGCCGAGGACAAGGCGCGAUCUGAGCUUGCUGACCUCAAGGCAGAGCGCGAUGCUGCGGUUGCCGAGCUCGAAUCUGUGCGCGCCCAGCUGGAGCGAGAGCAUGCGCUCGGGGAGGAGAAGGUGCGGUCUGCAACAGUCGAAGUCGAGACGCUGCGAGCCGAGCUGGACGAAGCGUCGACGCUCAAUGGGGCACUUGCGGUGGAAAACGCUCGGCUGGCUACGCUCGAAGCCGAGCGCGAUAGCCUCGCGCAAGAGAACCAAGCGCUGUGUGAGCGUGUUGGCAAGCUCGCUGCGCUGCGCGACGAUUCUGCCGCAGACGCGCGGAGCCACAAGUCGGAGGCUCUGGAGGCCUCCGCAGUUGCCAUCGCUCGUCUCGAGGAGCGGCUUGCAGCCGAGCAGCAGAGCCGCGAGGUUGUCGAGCGCGAGCGGGCGUCGCUGAUAGAGGCCAUGGCCCAGACGCGCGAGGCCAUGGCAACCGCCAUGACCUCCAUGGAGCGUGAGCGUGAGGCUCACGUCCAGGCGCAUGCAGCAGAACUUCGUGAGGCGCUCGCUCAAAUGGAUGCGCUGGAGUCUGCUAACGUGUCAUUGUCGAACGAGGCCGAACGGGCGCGCCUUGAUGCUUCGGCCAUACAUGAGCGCAGCGAUCGCGAGUCUGAGACCCGGGUGGAGUUUCUUGAGGCCGAGGUUGUCCGCCUUCUCGGUGAGGUGGCUAGCGCGCGUUCUGACGCCGCUGCAGCUGCUGCCGAUACGACGCCCGCUGCUGAUCCCACUCUAGACGGUGCUACCGUAGAGGAACUUCAGGCCCGCCUUGCCCACCACCAGGCGAGUGCUGAGCAGUACCAGGCUCGUGUCCUGAGUGUUCUUCGCGGUGCCGAAGCGCUUGUGGACGGCCCUAUCAACUCGAUCGCUGACGUCCUGCGUGCAAUGUCUGCGCUAGAGCUCGAGCGCGACAUGGCACGUGACUCGCUGGCUUCGCUUCGCGAGCACGCUGCUAGCUCAGACGCCGAGUUGGCCCGGACCAAAGCUCAGGCAGCGGUCCUUGGUGACAAGCUCGAGGUUGCGCUCGCAGAAAAUGCCACGCUCCAACAUCUUGUGACUCGGCUCCAGUCCGCGCUGGCUGAGGAAACCGCGCGGUGGAGCGAGGCUGCCUCUCGCGAGCGCUUUGCGCGCGCUUCAGCCGACUCUUCAUGGAUCUCGCGCCUCGACGAUAUGGGCGAGCAGCUCGAUGCUUCGCUCGCCGCCAACUCGACCCUCUCGCACGAAGAACACAUGCUGCGAGGGCAAGUCGACGAUCUUCAGGCCGUCGUCCGUGGAGCCCAUGGCUCUCUAGACGCACACCUUGAGACCUUGCAGCAGAUGCGGGCGUUGGCUUGUGAGUUUGUGGCGCCUGCGGAGCCUGGCGAUGUUUCGCAGGACAUUGCCGAUCAGGCUCGCGAAGUGGAGGCCGGUAUGGCAGAGCUCGAGGCCGCGCUGCUGGAGGCCCGCCACUUUUCGCUCUCGUCAUCGUCUGUGGCCACACUCUCGGAUGCCUCGUUGGUGAGUCAUGAGUCGCACAUUGGCGUGGCUGCUAGCGACGAUCGGGCUACCCAGCUGGAGGUCGAGCUUGCCGAGCGCAAUCGCCUCAUUGCUGAUGUUGUGGCCGAGGUGCGUGGCACACUCGGACUCCGCCAGGUCGAGGUCGCCCGGGUUGUCCGCGCUGCUGUCGAGCUCAUCGACGCGCGCGCACCUGACGCUGGGAUCCGGGCUGAGGUCGUUGAGCUCCGUGGCAUGCUUGAAGCCGAAUCCAUGCGGUUUGAGACCGCUCGGGCUCGUGCUGUAGACGCAGUGUUUGCGGGCAAAGAGGCUGAGCUAGAGGAGACUCUGGCCGAGGUUUCUGCCCAGCUUUCGGCGCGCGAUGCUGAGCUUGCUGCUACGGUGUCCUCGAUGCGUGCUCAGGCUGCACGAGUGACCGAAGCUGCCAAUGUCGCAAGAGCACUGGUUGAUGCCGGUAUGCCUGACGAGGGCCUUCGGACUGAAGUCCUUCGACUCUCCGAAGCACUCGAGGUAGCACAGGCGGAGGCUAUCGAUGCGCUGCUUGUUCAGGACGAUGCCGACUCGUCAGCAGAUAGUGCAAUCUCGUGUUCAGGAAGUGCGGUGUCAGACAUUGCCCCGCCUCUUCCUCUUGAAGGGCUCGCCUCUGACACUCCCGAGUCUGACGGUGCUCGGCGCGAUGCUGACCGCGAGCUUGAUGCUCUUUGUAUCGAGCUGGCAGCUGCGCGUGGUGCCGAGGCCAGUGCGCGGGCUCGUUUGGAGGCUGUUUGUGGAAUGUUGCGGAUGCACUUGGAUAGCCUCGCGGCUAUCGCGGUCGCAGGUGGGGAGCUUGUGGAGGCUGGGGCUGCCGGCGAAUUGCUUCGAGAUGAGGUUGUCCGGCUGGCGGAUGCGCUGGAAGCAGCUCGUGCCCAGGCAGUCAACGAGGUCUUUGCGAACGGCCAAGAUGGCGACGAGGCUCGGGAUGAGCUUAAUGCCGAGUUGGCACUCUCGCGAAAGCGAGAAGAGGUUCUGGAGAACCGGCUAGAGGCGAUGGGUCUCGAGCUGGCCGAGUCGACAGCCAAGGUUGCUGCGCUUGAGGCCAGCGUCGACGAGCUGGUCGUGGAGGCUGAUGAGCUCAAGAGGCGCGAGACCGAGGCUGCCGAUGCAGCUGGAACUAUGGCCCACGAAUUGGACGAAGCUGAGGCUUCUGUGGCGAUUCUGCAAAAUGAGCUGUCGGUCUCGCGCAAGCGGGAAGAGGUGCUCGAGACCCGGCUGGAAGAGACGUGCCUUCAGCUGGCUACGCUGAGUGACGACACAGUCGUGAUGCGUGACAGUGUGGUCGACACGCUGCGGGCACGGCUGGCGGUGCUGGCCGAAGCCGCCGCGGCUGCAGAUGGUCUCAUUGUCGCAGGGGGCGAACCGGUUGAUGCGCUUCGGGAUGAAGUUGUCCGACUGGCGGAUGCGCUGGAAGCAGCUCGUGCCCAGGCAGUCAACGAGGUCUUUGCGAAUGGCCAAGACGGCGACGAGGCUCGGGAUGAGCUUGAUGCUGAGUUGGCACUCUCGCGAAAGCGAGAAGAGGUUCUGGAGAACCGGCUAGAGGCGAUGGGUCUCGAGCUGGCCGAGUCGACAGCCAAGGUUGCUGCGCUCGAGGCCAACGUCGACGAGCUGGUCGUGAAGGUUGAUGAGCUCGAGAAGCAAAAGGCUGAAAUGGCGAAGCGUUUGGCUGCCCUGCAAGACGAGCUGGGCGAGGCUCGCGAACACAAACGUCUCCUCGAGGCGCGGCUGACGAAGUCUGGUGUAGAGCAAGCUGCGCUGGGAAAGGACUUGGUCGGUACUCUGCGGGCAAGACUUACAGUUGUGGCUGAAGCGGCCAAUGCGGCAGGCGAUCUUGUCGCGGCCGGCAUUGUCGAUGAGUUGCUUCGUGGCGAAGUUGAUCGGCUGACCGUAGCGCUGGAGGCUGCGCGCGCCCAGGCUGUCAACGAGGUGUUUGCGGGUGAAAAGCCCAGUGAUGAGACUGAUCCGGAGCUUGAAGCUGAACUGCUUCUCUUGCGGGAGCGAGAGGCGGAACUGGAGAACAAGCUAGAGGUGGCUGAUCGUGAGCUGGCUGAGUCGACCGCCGAGGUUGCUCGGCUUGAGGCCGAGAUUGGCGAGGCCAAGGCGCGCGAGGCCGCGGUCACCGCAGAUUUGGCCGCGACGAAUGCCGAGCUAGUGGAAGCCCGCUCAGCGCUGGGUUCAGUGGUUGUCGUUGACGAUACGACAGUAAGUGCACGGCUGGAUGACUUUAAUGUGAGCAGCGAUGAUGAUGGUGACGAUAAUAACGAGCUGGAGCCUGGCGAGUCGAUGCUGGACGUGAGCGAACUUCGGGAGACACUCGGAGAUGCAUGUGAGGAUGCCGAGGACCGGCUGGUCCAAAUCCGCCGGAUCAUGCGCGUGGCCGGCGAGCUGGUCGAGUCAUGGGCAAUGCCUAACGAGCGGCUGCGCAACGAGAUCGCCGAGCUGCGUGAGGAGCUGGCGGUGCGUGCACAGCGGGAGCACCUCUCGCUUGAUGAGUUCAACCUGAGUGACGAAGAGCCCGGGUUUGACGUCAGCGAUUCGUCCUCGGUCUCGUCGCUUGAGUGUUCGAUUGCGGACACGCCGGUCGUCCGCCGGGCUGCGGUCGCUCUCGCACAUGCGUCGCCGCAAUCGCCAACCGUUGCACUUCCUGCCGCCGGCAGUGCCUCUGAGUUGGAUGUGUUGCGGGUGCAACACGCGCGCCUUUCCGAUUUGCUUGCAGCGCUGAUGGCGACCGAGGGCAGUGAGGCAGGGGCUGCAGCGGUGGCACAAAUGGAGGAGCUCGCAGCCGAGAAUGCACGCCUCCGCCAUGACAGAGGACUCUUGUCGGACGCUGAAGCUGGAUUCCGAGCACGCGACGCUGGAAGCGAAGCUGAGCUAGCCAAGGCAGCGGCCAAAAUUCGGAUGCUGGAGGACACGCUGAAGGAGGCGAAGACCGAGGCCGAUGCCGAGCGGACCUUGAUGACACGACGUGGUAUCGCCAUGGCGGAAAAGUUCGAGUCCGCCCAGAAGCUUCUCCGCCAGUACCUCGAGUCCGAGCAGGCCGGUGAGGCGUCAACGACGCGGCUUGUUGAGCAGCUGACUGAGGACAAGCUUGCGCUUGAAGGCCAGCUGGAAGAUGCCAAGGCCAAGUCAAGGCAAGCCAUAGGUUUGGAGCGCAAGCUGGCUGAGGCACAGAUGGAGCUCCAGGUGAAUGCACGCAAGUACGAGGCGCGUCUUGUGGCGCUGGAGGCCAAGCACUUGCGGGUGAAGAGCAUGCUAGAGACCGUGCUGGAGCGCGAGGACGGGACCGCAAACAACGUGCUGGUGGCAAACGUCGAGUCGCUGCUGGACGAAAUCGCCGAGCUGCGCGGCCAGAACGAUGCGCUUUCGCGCAGCAUUCUGAACACGCCGUCUGGACCACCAGACGCGAUUCUUAUGCCGAUGCGGUCGGCAAUGUCGUCGGAAGCGUCACGUGAGCAUCUGCGGGAGCGGUACGAGGUUGUCUCGGAAGAGAAAGCGCGCUUGGAGGGCGAGGUGACGCGACUUGGCGAGGCACUUUCUGCACACGAGGCUGCGCUCUGCGCGUUGGCUGAGGAGCACAAGGCGGCGCAGGCGGCGCGUGGCGACGUAGACACGGAGACGAUGCGGCUCCAAGAGGCCAAUUCGCGGCUCCGUGACCAGCUUGGGAGGCUCAAUGCCGACCUUGCCGAGGCGCACGGCGCAGUAGAUGAGGCGCAGGCCAAAGCCAACGAGGCGCUGCGGCAGGCCGCGGCCGCCGAGGCUGACCUUGCUGCCGAGCGCGAAGCCGGUGAGCUACGUGAAGAGCGGCUUGCGGCGCGGCUCAAUGCGCUGAUGGAGAAGUUUUAUGUGGUCCAGAGCGCGCUGGCGUCGUAUGCAGACGACGAAGAGUCUGGAGCGGAGAAGCUGAGCGCACAACUGGUGCGGCUAUCGUCGGAAAAGUCGCAGUUGGAAGAGGAGCUUGCGGCAGCCGAGGCGCAGGCGCAGCAGGGCAUUCUUUUGGAGCAGAGGCUGCAAGAACGCGAGCGUGAGGUCGAGGCCCGUGACGGGCGGUAUGAGGCCAAGAUCUCGGCGCUAGAAAACCGACUUAGCCAGUUGAUGAGUCUUGUGGCGCAGGCACUGGAGGGUGAGGACGCGGCCGGGUCGAUUGUGGAGCGGGUUGGGUUCCUUGCGGAGGAGAACGAGGCGCUGCGCCACGAGAACGAGCAGCUGCUGGGCGUGGUUCGCCUACAGGACAUGUCCGGGCGGACGUCGUCGGAUCACGAGGCGCUGGACCGGCUGGCCAUGGACGAGCAGUUGUCGCGGGCGCGGGCACGGAUUGCGAUUGCCGAGAGUGCCAAGGUGGAAGCUGAAGUGCGCGCCGAACAGGCGCGAGCGCGCGCACUUGCCCUGGAAGAGGCUGCCACCGGACGAUUUGAGGACUCGGGGCUAGCCGAUGAGUUAGAGCGGCUACAAGUGAUGUGGCGCGAGAGCGAGGCGAGCAAGACAGAGCUCGAGGUCGAGGUGGCCAAGAUGGAGGCGCGAAUCCGGGCCAGUGCAGCAGACACAGCUGCGCUAUCGCGUGUCCGGACCCGGCUGGAGGUGGCAGAGGGCGAGUUGGUCGAGUCACGUCAGCGACGCAAGAAUGCCGAGGUCCGGGCUGCAGAGCUCGAGGUUAUGCUCGAGCGCGCAAAUGACCACAUCACGCGCCUCGAGCGAGCCGUCGGGUCUGGGGAUGAUGCUGCGGAAGCCGAUGCUGCCUCCGUUUCGGUGCUCGAAGCCAUGCUGGAGGCCAAGGAGGGCGCGCUCGCAGAUGCCGAGGCUGCGCACAAGCAAGUGGUGGACGCGCUCGAGAGCGCGCUUGCGGAUCAGGGCCGGGUGUUGUCACGGUCGAACGCGGCCCGCGCCGAGCUUCAAGUCCAUGUGGGUGAGCUUGAGGCGCGGCUAGCCGAGCUGAGCGGCGCACCAAAGGUAGUGCUGACUCCCGAGGAUAGCGUGGAGGUCCGGCAAGAGGAUGUGGAUGUCGGCAAGAUGACUGCGCUCAAGGCGUCGCUGCUCGAGAAAGAGGCAAUCAUCAAGUCGCUGCGAGCUGAGGCCGAGCGGCAAGCAAGCACCGCAGCGGAGCGGAUUGCUUUUCUGGAGAAUGUAGGUGCCGCCGCCGAGCCGUGUGCUGUCGCCGACAACAAGGAGCCCGAUGCCAUAGUUGUGGAGUUGGAGGCUUUGCUGGCGACAAAGGUGGAAGAAGUCGAUGCCGCUGUCGCCAAGAACGGUGAGCUGGAGGCCAAGAUCAAGAACUUGGAGUCCAGAGUCGAAGAGCAGAGUAUGACUGUCGGUGAGGUCGAGUCUGUCCUGCGCGACGAGCUUACUCUCGAGGCCUCGCUUGCAGAGAAGACUUCUGCGAUCACAACUUUGGAGGCCGAGGUCAAGAAGAUGGAGGCCGCCGUCGCCGCACACGAGGUCAUGCUGGAGGAUGAACGGAGCGCUUCGGCUUCCAAGAUCGAGGAGCUCGAGACUGUGGUGACUGGGCUUGAGGCCUCACUGGCGGAGAGGACCAGCUCAAUCGCCACACUCGAGGCCGAGGCCGAGAGGAUGGAGGCCGCCGUCGCCGCACACGAGGCCACGCUGGAGGAUGAACGGAGCACUUCGGCGUCCAAGAUCGAGGAGCUCGAGACUGUGGUGUCUGGACUCGAGGCCUCACUGGCGGAGAAGACCAGCUCAAUCUCCGCACUCGAGGCCACGCUGGAAGAUGAACGGAGCAUUUCGGCGUCCAAGAUCGAGGAGCUCGAGACUGUGGUGACUGGACUCGAGGCCUCACUGGCGGAGAAGACCAACUCAAUCGGCACACUUGAGGCCUCGUUGGAGGAUGAACGGAGCGCUUCAGCGUCCAAGAUCGAGGAGCUCGAGACUGUGGUGACUGGACUCGAGGCCUCACUGGCGGAGAGGACCAGCUCAAUCGCCACACUCGAGGCCGAGGCCGAGAGGAUGGAGGCCGCCGUCGCCGCACAUGAGGCCACGCCGGAGGAUGAACGGAGCACUUCGGCGUCCAAGAUCGAGGAGCUCGAGACUGUGGUGACUGGACUCGAGGCCUCACUGGCGGAGAAGACCAACUCAAUCGCCACACUCGAGGCCAAGGCCGAGAGGAUGGAGGCCGCCGUCGCCGCACACGAGGCCUCGUUGGAGGAUGAACGAAGCGCCUCAGCGUCCAAGAUCGAGGAGCUCGAGACUGUGGUGACUGGACUCGAGGCCUCACUGGCGGAGAAGACCAACUCAAUCUCCGCGCUUGAGGCCUCGUUGGAGGAUGAACGGAGCGCCUCAACGUCCAAGAUCGAGGAGCUCGAGACUGUGGUGACUGGACUCGAGGCCUCACUGGCGGAGAAGACCAACUCAAUCGCCACACUCGAGGCCGAGGCCGAGAGGAUGGAGGCCGCCGUCGCCGCACACGAGGCCACGCUGGAGGAUGAACGGAGCGCUUCAGCGUCCAAAAUCGAGGAGCUCGAGACUGUGGUGUCUGGACUCGAGGCCUCACUGGCGGAGAAGACCAACUCAAUCGCCAUACUCGAGGCCGAGGCCGAGAGGAUGGAGGCCGCCGUCGCCGCACACGAGGCCUCGUUGAAGGAUGAGCGGAGCGCCUCAGCGUCCAGGAUCGAGGAGCUCGAGACUGUGGUGUCUGGACUCGAGGCCUCACUGGCGGAGAAGACCAACUCAAUCGCCACACUCGAGGCCGAGGCCGAGAGGAUGGAGGCCGCCGUCGCCGCACACGAGGCCUCGUUGAAGGAUGAGCGGAGCGCCUCAGCGUCCAAGAUCGAGGAGCUCGAGACUGUGGCGAGUGGACUCGAGGCCACGCUGGUGAUGAAGACUACUUCGAUCGAAACCAUGUCGCGAACGAUCCAGCAAGUUGAGCACGAGCGCGAUGAUACCGUGGCCCAAGCCGAGCGGCUUGAGGCCGAGCUGCGGAGGGCAAUUGCAGCCCGCGACGCCCGUGACGCUGACCUUCUUGCUCUGGAGGACGAGCUGACGACGGUGCGAAACUCGCUCCGUGACGCCCGCUCGCAGGCGGCAGCCGCACAGACUGCAUGUGACGAUGCUGUAUUUGAAGCCGAGUCGCUCACCUCGCGGCUCGAGGCUGAGCAGGCGCGGCUAGCAAAGACCCAAGACGAGCUGGCUGCCACCACUGAGCGUGCCGAUGAGGCCGACCGCAUUCUAGAGCGGUCGGCAGCUGCCAUGGCUGAAGUUGACGACCUGCGGACGAGCAACACGGCGCUACUUGCCGAGAUUGCGCAGCUCUCGGCUGAGGCCGAGGACCGUGUCGCCGCUGCCGUCGCUUGCCAGACCGAGCAUCUCGAGGCCGAGCGCGACUCGCUGGCGUCGGCAAACGCUGCUCUGCAGAGCCAGACCGAGUCGCUACGGCUCGACCAUGAAGCCUCGCUGCAAGUCUCGUCGUCAACUAUUCUCGAGCUGGAGGACGCCAAGACUGAGCUGGAGGCCAAGCUGGAUGCUGCCCGCGGCGAGCGCGAUGCGGCGCUAGCACUGCAGGACGAGCUGAAGGAGGCACAAGCCGGGAUCGAAGCCGACCUCCGCAAGCUCGCCGAAGAGCAAGCAACCAAGGUUGACGAGCUGCAGACGCAGCUAGCGCUCGCUGAGGAGACCGUCAUGGUCCAUGCAGCCGUGCUCACCGCCCGCGACCGCGACCUUGCCGACGCCCGCGCACAGCUCGAGGCAGCUCAUGCCGACCUGGAGCAGAUGGCGGUGCUCGGCAAGGAACUCAGCGCCAAGGCUGCCGCUGCCCAGCGCGCGGAGGCGGCGGCUGUGCAGCGCGCCGAGCGCGCCAAGGCUGCCGCCCAGGACGCGCAGCUGCAGGCCGAGGCCAUCACCUCAUCGCGGAGCUCGCUGCUGGCAGAUCUCCACGCGGCUCAAGCGUCACUGGAAGACUCGCGUACCGAGGUGGCCAAGCUGCGGGUAGAGGUUCAGCGCUUUGACGCCGAGCUGGCCACCGUGCGUGCCCAGAAUGCCUCGCUCACCUCAGAGCUCGAUGCCGAAAUGAUCCACGGGGCCAAGCUUCAAGAGCAAGUCAACGCCAUGCACGGACUGCGGACCCAGUCGCUCAACGCCGAAGCAACCGCCGAGGAUCUACGCCGGACGCUCGAAGCCGAGACACUCGCGCGCGAGGCCGCCCAGGACGACGCGGUCGCACUCCGUGACCGUCUUGCUGCCGCCACCCGCGAGCUCACUCAGUCGCGGGCAAGCUGUGCCGAUGCAAUUCGCGACCGCGACGCGCUUCAGGCACGGCUGGACGCUGCACUUACACUGCAGUCGACGGUUGAGGCUCGAUGCACCCGUCUUGCGACCGAGGCCGAUGCCGUGCCGCAGCUCCGCAAGGAGCUGCGCAUGUUGCAGCGAAGCGUUGAUGCGGCCCAGGCCGAGAAUCGCGAACUCGAGCGUGCCGUCGAGGCUCAGCGCGAGCGAGUCCAGGCCGAGCGCGCGUCGGCUGCAAGCGCCGUAUCCGAGCGGACAGCGGCGCUAGCAGAGGCCGAGCGAAUGCGGAUCGAGCUGCAGACGGCCGAGGCUGCUCUUGCCGCCGCUCAGGCGGCAGCUGCUGACGCCCGCGCCGCCGCCGACGAGGUUACUGUCGCGCUUGUCGUGCGCGACGGCGACCACGCGUCGGCGGUCACAGCUGUCGAGACUCAAAUUGCGGCCGCCCGCGCUGAGGCGCAGGCCGCGCUCGAGGCCGCGGACGCAGCCGAAGGCCGAGCCGCUCAGAGCGCCGCCCGAGUCGCUGCCGUCCAAGCCGAGCUCGCUGCCAAGGACUCUGGUCUUGCCGAGCUCCGAGCCUCGCUCACUGCUGCCCGCAACGAGCUUUCGGCAACGCGGGUUGCGCUCUCGGGGGCACAGGCCGAGGCCGAGCGCGAUGCCGCUGCCGCGGCUGCUUCUGCUUCGCAGCUGGAGCAGACCAAGGUGCAGCUGGACGAGCAGAUGCAACUUCUAGAGGCUGCAGAUGAGCGAGCUGCACGGGCCGAACGGGCGCAGGGAGUGGCUCGCGCCGAAGCCGAGUCGGCGCGAGCCAAGGCAGUGUCUGCCGCCUCUGAUGCCGCCCGUCUACGCGACGAGCUCGACACUGCGCGUCAGGCCGCCGCUGAGGCCCGGGUCGAGUUUGAGCUUGCUGACGCAGCCCGCGAGGAGGCUGUGACUUCUGCCGACGCGCUUGUGUCGCGGGUGCAAGUCCUGGGCACACAGUUGAAAGAGGCCCGCGUCCAGCUGCAGGCUGCGUACGACGAGGCAGCGGUGGCCAAGAGCGCGGCGGCGGAGCGCGAGCAGGAUCUCCGCAACGAGUCCCAGUCGGAGAUCCGCCGCCUCGAAGCCGCGCUCGAGCGCGCGCAGGCAGCAGCUGUGCAGGCAGCCGACACCGCUGCAGCCCAGACGCAGUCGGACAUGCAAAGCCAAUGCUCCGAGGCCGACGUCGACGCGGUGCGUGAGCGGAUGAAGGACCAGUACGAGAGCCUGCUGAGCCAGGUCAAGGGCGCGCACAAAGCGGCUGCCGCCAGAUCUGCACAACGAAUUGCCGACUUGGAGGCGCGGCUGGAGGACGUUGAGCGAGCGGCCGACGAGGCCCGCAUGGCCGCGCGCGCCGCACAGGAACGAGGCUCGGGGGCGCCGCACAGCUUGCGCCUCUCGGCCGCAGAGCUGGAGGAGAUCCGGCAGGCGCUGGCAGCCGCGCUUGCCGACACCGAGCUCUCGGCUGAGAUUUGUGUGCAUGUCGAGGCGCUGGAAAGCAGCCUUGUGCCGCUGCAGCGGCUGCUUGAGCAGGCCGGAGCCGGGCGCGAGACUGGCGAGCUUGACGCUGACCUAGUGGUGGCAAGCGCCGCCGAGGGCCGCGGCCCAAGCCCAGCGUUUGUGGUCGAGAUCGACGCCGAAGGCGAUGAACCAGCAGCGCUGGUGCGGAUGCUGGCCGCGCAAAUGGAGGCCGAGGCGGCGUUUCUGGCAGGCGAGUCGAGCCGACUGGCCAAGGCCGGCAUGGGCGUGUCGGACGAGUUGGUCUCGACGCUUCACAGCUUGCUUGCCGAGAAUGCGCAACUGCGUGCUGCAGUUGCAGCGAAAACCCGGGCGCUGGAGGAUGCGGCGGAAGUCGGCGGUCGUGCGGCUGAGACGAGGAUUGCUCAGCUGUUGGAGGAGCGCAGCGCGCUUGCGGUCAAGCUUGCCGAGGCGCAGAGCGCAGUGCAGGCGUCCGACCGUGCCACACAGGGCGCGGUACGCAAGGCGCUCGUGGCUCAGGCCGAGCAGGCCGAGCGCGAGCGGGCCCGCGCGCUAGCCAAGGUCGACGACGCGGCGAUGGCGCACAUUGCGCGUAAUGCUGAGGCGAUGGCAUUAGUGCAGGCACUGGCAGCCGGAAGCCAGCCGGGUGGGUUGUCGCGGGCAGCGCGUCUGGUGGCCGACGAGGUGGCGCCUGCGGUCGAUUCGCGCGAGGCCGAUGCCGCGCGGAAGUGGAGCCAGGCCGAGGCGCGAUACUCUGCCCACGUCGGCCAACUUGAGACCGAGCUGGCACGGCUGCAGGCCAAGCUGACUGGCACAGCUGCGCCUGACGUUGCCGAUCUUCUCUCCCAGCUUCACCUGGAGCAGCAGGCGCGGGUCCACGCGCAGGCCGAGGCUACGGCGCAGCAGGCCGCCGGCGCUCGGCUCAAGACCGACAUGCUUCGCGAGAUCUCGCGUCUCCGCGUCAAGCUGCAGCAAGUCCAAGUCCGAUUCCUCGAGCUCGAAAACGAAUCCCAAGCCGAGACACUUGCCCUCAGGGAACGUGGUGGGGCUGGUGUUUAUGCUGUGUUUGCGGCUGGUGGCAAGCAGUACAAGGUCCAGGUCGAUGAUGUGGUGGCUAUGGAUGCCCUCAAGGGUACCUCCCUCGGUGACGCGGUCGCCUUUGACUCGGUCCUGGCCAUCGGAUCGCCAGCAGAGACUCUCGUCGGCACUCCGUACUUGCCCAACACAAAGGUUGUGGCUCAGGUCAUCGAGGUCACUCGCUCUGCAAAGGCGACAGUCUUCAAGAAGAAGCGCCGCAAGGGCUACACCCGUACCGCCACCCAUCGCGCCCCCAUCACCGUCCUCCGCAUCGACUCCAUCGUUGCUCUCUGA